GAGCGUGGGAGGCGAGGACGGGCAGGGGAAAGCGAGCACCAGGUGUUUGGCAGGGUUUGCCUCAAAGGACUCUUCAAGAACUGAACAGAGAAAUCCCAAGCGAGCUGCCUGAAUCUUCACGAAUUCUCUUGUUCUGCCUUCCAUAUAAAGAACCAGGGCCAAUCGAAUUGGUGACUUUUGGUUUCCACCAGCUGUGGAUGCCUUUGACAUUAUGACUGCAGAAGAUUCCACCACAGCCAUGAACAGCGAUCCAACAGUGGGGUCCUCCACAAAGGUACCAGAGGGUGUGGCGGGCGCACCCAACGAGGCUGCACUGUUGGCACUGAUGGAGCGCACAGGCUACAGCAUGGUACAGGAGAACGGGCAGCGCAAGUAUGGUGGACCCCCGCCUGGCUGGGAGGGCCCGCAUCCCCAGCGUGGCUGUGAGGUCUUCGUGGGCAAGAUCCCACGUGAUGUGUAUGAAGAUGAGCUGGUACCUGUGUUUGAGACCGUAGGUCGCAUCUAUGAGCUGCGCCUCAUGAUGGAUUUCGAUGGCAAGAACCGCGGCUACGCCUUCGUGAUGUACUGCCACAAGCACGAGGCCAAGCGAGCUGUUCGUGAGCUCAACAACUAUGAGAUCCGCCCGGGCCGUCUGCUGGGGGUGUGCUGCAGUGUAGACAACUGCCGCCUCUUCAUCGGUGGCAUCCCCAAGAUGAAGAAGCGCGGGGAGAUCCUGGAGGAGAUCGCUAAGGUCACCGAGGGCGUGCUUAAUGUGAUUGUGUAUGCCAGUGCGGCAGACAAGAUGAAAAACCGAGGCUUCGCCUUUGUGGAGUAUGAGAGCCAUCGUGCCGCAGCAAUGGCACGCCGCAAGCUCAUGCCGGGUCGGAUCCAACUGUGGGGCCACCAGAUAGCUGUGGACUGGGCCGAGCCAGAGAUUGACGUGGACGAAGACGUGAUGCAGACAGUGAAGAUUCUCUACGUGCGCAACCUCAUGAUCGAGACCACCGAGGAGACCAUCAAGAGGAGCUUUGGCCAGUUCAACCCAGGCUGCGUGGAAAGGGUCAAGAAGAUCCGUGACUACGCCUUCGUGCACUUCACUAGCCGUGAGGAUGCUGUGCACGCUAUGAAUAACCUCAAUGGCACGGAGCUGGAGGGUUCCUGCUUAGAAGUCACGCUGGCCAAGCCUGUGGACAAGGAGCAGUACUCCCGCUACCAGAAGGCAGCUAAGGGUGGUGGCGGCUCAGCUGAGGCAGUAGCGCAGCAGCCCAGCUACGUGUACUCCUGUGACCCCUACACACUGGCCUAUUAUGGCUACCCCUACAACGCUCUCAUCGGGCCCAACCGGGACUACUUCGUGAAAAGCAGCAUAAGAGGCCGAGGGAGAGGCGCAGCUGGAAACAGAACCCCAGGGCCCAGGGGUUCCUACCUCGGAGGAUAUUCUGCUGGCCGUGGUAUAUAUAGCCGAUAUCACGAAGGCAAAGGCAAACAGCAAGAAAAAGGAUAUGAGCUUGUUCCGAAUUUGGAAAUCUCUACUGUCAAUCCAGUUGCUAUUAAGCCUGGCACAGUGGCCAUCCCUGCCAUCGGUGCCCAGUACUCCAUGUUCCAGGCAGCCCCAGCCCCGAAAAUACUUGAAGAUGGCAAGAUCCACACAAUGGAACACAUGAUCAGCCCCAUCGCAGUGCAGCCUGACCCCGCCACUGCUGCUGCCGCCGCUGCUGCCAUCAUUCCUGCGGUAUCCACACCACCACCUUUCCAGGGCCGUCCAAUAACUCCUGUAUACACUGUGGCACCAAAUGUUCAGAGAAUCCCCACCGCCGGCAUCUACGGGGCCAGCUACGUCCCCUUUGCUGCUCCUGCCACUGCCACAAUCGCCACACUACAAAAGAACGCUGCGGCCGCCAUGUACGGGGGCUACGCCGGCUACAUACCUCAGGCCUUCCCCGCUGCUCUCCAGGUGCCCAUCCACGACGUCUACCAGACUUACUGAGACCGGGGACCAGAGCCGAGGCAAGCCACCAAACCCUGCUGAAGGAACACUUUAUUAUUUAUGAAGAAAGAACAUGCCGGGUUGGCAUGCGUGCAAAACCUGCAAGUGAAGAAGAAUGUUAUCAAAUAGCACACUGAAAUAUUUUAUAUCCAUGAAGUUUUCACUCGCAUUUUUUUGAAAAUGACUUUUCAACUUAGCAGGCCCGCGUUCACACAUUUCUAAGAGACUUGCGACGCCUCACGCCUUAAUACCAUCUUUUCAAACAUGUAUGCUCCGCUGCAUUUGUACAGAGGUUUGGUUUUGUUUUUUAAGGAUAUAUUUUCAGUAUGAAGGUUAUUUUCUUAACUUCUGCACUCCAGAGUUUUCUAUUUUGUAGAAACUUUCAAAGUAUAUCAGCUAUAUAUAUGUGUAUAUCAAAAAAAAAAGAAAAAAAGAAAAAAAGAAAAAGCAGGCCCUCUCAUGUAGGGAACUAUUUUGAAAACUAUAUUCAAUAUUUAAAGACACAAACUGUAGUGCUCUGAAAUACUACAUGAAACAUUAUUUUAUUUUUAAGGUGAUGCUGGAAAGUGCAAUUUUAAAAUGAGAAAAAAAAAGUCUCUACUGUAUUUCCACUGGCAUUAAGGGUUGAAGAUACUGCCGUGUAUUCUCAUGUUUUCUGGGUUUAUGGGAGUUUUGGGUUUUUGUUUUUUGUUUUUUGUUUUUUUUUUACAGUCUGUUCUUAAGCCAACAUGGAAAAAGACUCCUCGCACCCAGAGUCCCAACACUGGAAAGCUCUGACCUGCCCUCAGUUCCUUGGGCUCACUCUGUGUGUCUCUAUUGUUAACUAUGCCCCGCCCCCACCCGUUUUCCUCCGCCUCCUUCCCUAGCUCCAGUGCAACUUUGAAGUUUGGC